CUGUGGGGUAGCUGUUAUGUACUGUCAAUAGGUUGGGCUGUCAAUAGAAAGGCACAAUUAAAGGUGAUUAAAAUAUGCUGUUAUAUCUUUUCAAGGGGUUGAAGGUAUGGCCUCAGUAGUGUGUCUUACAUAUGUGAGAGUCUGGAGUUGAUCGUUAAUACAAGGAAAAAGAAAGAACAAGGCAAGUCCGAACCAAACCACAGCAGUCUCCAAAGGAGAGCACUGUCCUACACAGGCUGCCCAGGACAGGUGCCUCUUGCCUGGCAUCAUCUUUUUGAAUAUAGCCUUAUGCUCCAUUGGGAGACAAGCCACAUUCUAUAUAUAUUUUUUCUUUAUUUACAUUUCGAGUGUUAUCCUAUUUCCCAGUUUCCCCCGCUCCUGGAAACCCCCUACCCCAUCCUCUCUCCCCCUGCUUCUAUGAGGUUGUUCUUCCACCCACCCACCCACUCCCACUUCCCCACCUUCAAUUCCCCUACACUGGGGCAUCUAUCAAGACUUCAUAGGACCAAAGACCUCUCCUCCCAUUGAUGCCUGACAAGCAUCCUCUGCUACAUAUGCAGGGAGCCAUGUGUACUCCCUGGUUGAUGGACAAGCCACAUUCUUAAGCUUGUCAAAUUAUCACCUCAGAGAGUCUGGCCAGUUUCCCAUGUGUUCACACUUUCCAAUCAUUCUACUCUGAAGUUUGGAGACGCGACUGUACACUCUUAGCCAAUGUCCAGGAAGGAUCUGGCUCCAGGAGAUCUUCUUUCCUCUCUCUUCAAUUUUGACAUCUCUGUAAGAUAGCUAUUAUACAAUAUUACCACAGCCUAAUUUUUUCUGACUCAUAAUACCCAGGAGACAAUUGCAAAAUGAAUUUGGUCUAGAAUUUUAUAUAGUAUCAUGGGUUUCUUAAAGGUUUGGUGUCCAUUUUCUUUUUCUUUUACACACAAUAUUUUAUUUGACUGACUCAGUACCCUGAAAAUAUAUAAGAAGGUAUUUGAGUAUUAUAUACUCCCAACUUACUUCAAAGCCCAGAAUCCCCUGGCAUACUUUGGCUUGCGUAAUACAUAAAGUAUAUAUUUGUAAUUUUCAUAGUAUAGUGGUUUGAAUAUGUUUGGUGCAGGGAGUGGCAUUAUUUGGAGGCGUACCCUUGGAGUAGGUGUAUCACUGUGGGCGUGGGCUUUAAGACCCUCUUCCUAGCUGCCUGGAAGCUAGUCUUUUCCUGGUUGCCUUUGGAUGAAGAUGUAGAACUCUCACCUCCUGCUGUACCAUGCCGGCCUGGAUGCUGCCAUGCUCAUGCCUUGAUGAUAGUGGACUGAACUUCUGAAUCUGUAAGCCAGCCCCAAUAAAAUGCUGUUUUUAUAAGAGUUGCCUUGAUCAUAGUGUCUGUUCUUAGCAGUAAAAAACAAACUAAGACACAUAGCCACAAGCAACUUCUGUAAAGAGUCAGCAUCUGAUCUCAUUUUGCAGGCUAGGCCUCAGUGCAGGUCAGAGCUGCCUCCUCCUUUUUGGUUGUAGCUAUGUAAUAUGUGGUAUGCUCCUUUGGUCUGAACUCAUGUCAGUUUUUUUUUUCUUUUAAAGAUUUAUUUAUUUAUUUUAUGCAUGAGUACACUGUAGCUAUCUCCAGACACACCAGAAGAGGGCAUCAGAUCCCAUUACAGAUGGUUAUGAGCCACCCUGUGGUUGCUGGGAAUUGAACGCAGAACCUCUGGAAGAGCAGUCAGUGCUCUUAACCACUGAGCCAUUUUUCCAGCCCCUCAUGUCAGUUCUUAUGAAACCUUCUGUAGGCUGUAAUAUUUGUUUGCUCUUUUACUUUAUAAGUGCAAAUACCCUGUUAUUUCCCAGAGUAAUGGAAUCACCUGAAAUUACUAUAAUUUCAAACAUGCUAAUGAUGAAUACUGAGCCUAAUCAAAGGACAGUAGGCAAAUUGUGAAGGGAGAUUUUAUUUCCUUGUUUCCCAAUGCACACACGCUCACUGAUAUGAAGGGGUGGGGACCACUUCCUAUUAUACAAUGGAACUUGCUGAAGUCACCAAGAGCUGUGUUGUGACUUGUUCUCCCAGCCAUGAAAACAAGAAUUCUUGUCAUACCCUUUAAGAUGAGGAAAAACAACAACUAAAAUAGUAUUUAUGAACCUGCUUGAGUUCUUCAGUGGGAAGAUGACAGGUCACCAAGACAAAGUGCUUAGAUAAUCACAAGUAGCUACUUGGUUCUCAAAGGCAGAGUGGAGUACAAGCUUUUCAUAGUCACAUUUGAAAUAACUGAUAAGAAGGUAUCUGAGUAUUGUCUAUUCCCAACUUACUUAAAAGCCUGGAAUUCUUUGGUAUACUUUGGCUUUCAUAAUUCAUGUAAAUUAAAUACGACAAGUCCAGCUGAGUAAGCAUAUUGGUUCAAAUAUUACUUGUAAGGAUAGAAAACAAAGUAGUGCCCUAAAAACUAAGCUGAUCAAAAAUAUAGGCAUUGUUUUUUUAACCAAAUCAAACCAAACAACAACAAAACAAGGUCUCACUGUGUACUUUAGUCUAGCCUAGAAUUCUUCACAUGACUCAGGGUUCAGACUCUCAGCAAUAAUUCUGGCUCAGCCUCCCCAGUGCAGAAAGUACCGAGCAGCCAUACAUAGACUUUCAUGAAGAUCAUCAUGAACUGAGCAAGCUGAAGUCCAUUUGCAAUCCCAGCACUUGGGUGGCAGAAACAGGAGAAUCUCACACUCAAGGGCAGCACACCAUUUUACCCUCCACCUACCCCAAAUCAUUCUGAAAGAAGGAGAAUCUAGGCAGGAGCAGGGAGGAGUGACAGGUGAGAGGACAGGAUAAAUAGGAAGUUUCAAAGGGGACUGAAGAGAGGAAAUGACUCAGCAAGGGGUCAGAGAGAGAAUUCCAGUUAGGCAAGCUGAACUGUUAGAGUGUAACUGGGAGAAUUUGUUAUCUAAAAGUUCUAGAGACUCAUUCCAGUGUUCUCAGGAGCAGUGGGCAGGAAGCACAAUGUUAACAGUGUAAAACAUCAUCUCAGCAGAGCAGAAAACUUUGCUAUUUGUUUCUGUUUCUUUGUUGAGACAGGGUUUCCUUGUGUAACAGUCCUGGCUAUUCUGGAACUGGCUUUGUAGACCAGGCUGGCCUCAAACUCAAAGAUCUGCCUGUCUCCACUUAAGACAGACAAUAGAAGAACAACAGUUAUCUUUUUGCAGGGUAGGUGGGGGGCAACCUUCCUGUGAGCUGAAGUGUGAAAUGAGAAAUAUAAAUGUGCAACUUGCUCUUUUGACAUAAUCACCAGCCAUGUGGGCUUCAGAUCCCUAAAAGCUUCCUUGUGUUCAUAAAAUAGGUACCCAGGAUGUAAGUUUUUCUGAGCUUUUUAUGUGUUCUUUCUUAAGGAAUGGGACUGCUUGAGCCAGCUGUAUGCUGAUUGUCAAUAACUCUUAGAUAACAGUACUAUUUCUUCAUAUAAAAAAAAAGAUGUAUUUACUUAUGUGAGUACACUGUUGCUCUCUCAGACACACCAGAAGAGAGCACUGUAUCCCAUUUCAGAUGGCUGUGAGUCACUGUGGUCGCUGGGAACUGAACUCAGGACGCCUAGGAGAGCAGUCAGUGCUCUUAACUGCUGAGCCAUCUCUCCAGCCUCAUUUCUUCAUUUACUAAAGACUACAUUUCAUAAAUAUGGUAAUAAGUGUAACAGAUCGAAUUAGUUCUUUAUAACACAGCAGACAUGACAAAAUAAAAUGUAUUUCUUUUUCUCUCUGAAGUUAUAUGAAGUCACUUAUAUGCUCCAAUGUGAAAAUUUGAAUAGGCUUUCAGAGUGAAAAUAAAAGUUUAAAAACAUAACCAAUUUUAUAUACUAUUUCUUGUAUAGCUGUAAGUACUGUGUAUUUUUCUUUUCAUUUGCUGUUACAUAGGUUAUUAGGUUUUUUGUUUUUUUUUUCCUUCUUCUUCUUUCCUUUUUUGGCUUUUCCAGACAGGGUUUCUCUGUUGUCCUGGCUGUCUGGGAACUCUGCAGACCAAGCUGGUCUGAAACGAAACCCAGAGAUCAGGUUGUCUACCUCUGCCUCCCGAGUGCUGGGAUUAAAGACAUGGUUCACCAAGCCCGGUAGCCAGGCUGUUACCUCAACUUACAGAAAGCCGGGCGUGGUGGCACGCCUCUCAUCCCAGCACUCGGGUGGCAGAGGCAGGCGGAUUUCUGAGUUCGAGGCCAGCCUGGUCUACAAAGUGAGUUCCAGUUCAGCCAGGGCUAUACAGAGAAACCCUGUCUCGAAAAAACCAAAAAAAGAACUUACAGAAAAAUGCACACUAUAGCACCUAAAAACUGACCCUUUGUGUAUGUAGUAUUUCAUUCUAAAACCAUUUAAUGAUGAAGAAAGAUAUCGUUGUGUUGAUUUAGUUCAUCUUAAGUUCUAUUUACAAUACUUUCAUUUUGUUUCGAUCAAAAUUUCUGCCACUAAUGACAAUAUCUGCGUUCAUUGACUUCUAAACAUCAGUCUCUUUGAAAGUUAUCGUUUGCCAUCCAACCCACUAUUCUCAAGAAUUCAAGAUAUCACAACUUCUUCAGGAAAAAAAAAAAAAAAAAAAAAAAAAAAAAAAAAAAAGCAAUAGCUCAAACACAGAGAAUCUCAGAAUAAUAAAGACUUAAGAAGUUACAACGGGCGGCCAGGAGCACCGAAGUGGGACCAAAGAAGCAGGUUGCGACGAAGCCCAGGAGCCAGUGAGAAAGUCCGGAAGAAUCUGGGCUAUUUGCCAAACGUAGACGUCUCCAGAAUCCUGCAGACUGACUGGUGCCACGAAACCAGAGGUCAAGUGAGUGACAGGCAGAAAAGAGGCCCGACCCUCUGGGACUGAGCAAAACACGCCAGGAAUUCUAGAGAAACGUCAGGAAUUCCAGGGCAGUACGGAGGACGCCUUGCACGCAGCUCCAGAGCCCAGGCCCUCAGCUGAGACCCACGCUGCCCCUAAGGAUACGUGCGUGAGGAAAACGACCCGGAAGCCCGACGCCCACGCGCUUCCCCAAAGUCAAGGCAGCAUCCAGAUUCCACAGGCGUAGAAAAGCUGGGGCCCGGCGCCCGAGUUGGGGCGGGGCCCAGGCCUUUCCCCGCCUCCCGAAGAGCGGUCCAUCCUCAGUGCGCCUGCGUGGGGUGAGGCCGGACUCUUUUUGGCUCUCCGGAGUGCGGCUUGCAGCGGCGUUCUCUACCCAGCGUGCCGUGCGCGAGCGGCGGCCCUCCGUCCCUCCUCCUCCUCCUCCGUCCCUCCUCCUCCUCCCGCCGCGGCCCCCCUCUCCCCCAAAGUGAGUGAGUGAGACGGGCAGAUGGAGGAGGUACCGUAAUGGCGGCGGCCGGCAGCUCCCUGCUCUGAUCCGCGGCAAGCACACGGCAACGACCCCCUCCCCGGCCGUCUCCCGGCCGGCCCCCCGCCCUGCGGUCGGCGCGGGGCCACCGUCCCGGCCCUCCCCGCAGCUGUCGGCGUCUGGCACUGCGCCCCGGCCGGGGCCCCACACACAAUGGACGAGCUGGCCGGAGGCGGCGGCGGCGGCCAGGGGAUGGCAGCCCCUCCCCGGCCGCAGCAGGGACCCGGGGGGAACCUGAGCCUGCCGCCGGGAGCGAACGGAGCGCCGGGCGGCGGGGGUCCUCCGGCCGCCGAGGCGGCGGGGCCCCCGGCAGGCCCGGAGCUGUCCCGGCCGCAACAGUACACGAUCCCGGGGAUCCUACACUACAUCCAGCACGAGUGGGCUCGCUUCGAGAUGGAGCGGGCGCACUGGGAGGUGGAGCGGGCCGAGCUGCAGGCACGGAUUGCAUUUUUACAAGGAGAAAGGAAAGGUCAAGAGAAUUUGAAGAAGGAUUUAGUGAGAAGAAUAAAGAUGUUAGAGUAUGCAUUAAAACAAGAAAGGGCAAAGUAUCACAAAUUAAAAUAUGGCACAGAACUGAACCAAGGUGAUUUGAAAAUGCCCACCUUUGAAUCAGAGGAAACCAAAGAUGUGGAGGCUCCUCCAGCACCUCAGAAUAGUCAACUAACAUGGAAGCAAGGCAGACAGCUAUUAAGACAGUAUCUUCAGGAAGUAGGAUACACAGAUACAAUAUUAGAUGUACGAUCUCAACGGGUAAGGUCAUUACUUGGACUGUCUAAUUCAGAGCCAAAUGGAUCUGUAGAAGCAAAGAAUUUAGAACAGAUCUUGAAUGGUGGUGAAUCUCCUAAGCAAAAAGGACAAGAAAUCAAAAGGCCCCCUGGUGAUGUUCUCGAGACAUUCAAUUUCUUAGAAAAUGCUGAUGACAGUGAUGAAGAAGAAAAUGACAUGAUUGAGGGCAUCCCAGAAGGAAAAGACAAACUUCGGAUCCAUAAGCACAAAAUAGGUAAUGAAGGUUUAGCUGCUGACUUAACUGAUGAUCCAGAUACUGAGGAAGCACUGAAAGAAUUCGACUUUUUAGUGACUGCAGAAGAUGGUGAAGGGGCUGGUGAAGCACGGAGUUCAGGGGAUGGUACAGAAUGGGAUCUUUUUAAAGCGAGAAUCAUUCAUUUUUAUUCAUACCCAUCGUUUAAUUUUAGGAAAAAAAACAAGGUUUCCAUAAUUGAUUCAACUUCAUUUCUUGGUAUUCCUGCCUCUUCCCUUUUGCUCUUACCUAUUUCUUAUAAGCAAUAUCAAACCAUCUGUUGCUUACCAGAUAAAGAUGACCUCUCCCCAACUGCUGAGGUUUGGGAUGUAGACCAGGGGCUAAUAAGUAAACUGAAGGAACAGUACAAGAAGGAGCGAAAGGGGAAGAAAGGGGUGAAGAGGGUCAACAGGACAAACCUCUGCGACAUGAUAACUGAUCUGGGAGAUGAUGAGCUGCCCCACAUCCCUUCAGGAAUCAUUAAUCAGUCUAGGUCAGCUUCUACUAGAAUGGCUGAUCAUGAAGGUGCAAGAGCAGAGGAAGCUGAACCAAUAACGUUUCCAUCUGGAGGAGGCAAGUCAUUUAUUAUGGGUUCUGAUGAUGUUUUGUUAAGUGUACUGGGCCUUGGAGACCUUGCAGACUUGACGGUAACAAAUGAUGCAGACUAUAGUUAUGAUUUGCCUGCCAAUAAAGAUGCCUUUCGAAAGACUUGGAACCCCAAAUACACACUACGUAGUCAUUUUGAUGGUGUGAGAGCAUUAGCUUUUCAUCCUGUAGAGCCUGUGCUCGUUACUGCCUCUGAGGACCACACCCUGAAACUUUGGAACCUGCAAAAGACAGUUCCUGCCAAAAAGAGUGCCUCUUUAGAUGUAGAACCUAUCUACACAUUUAGGGCCCACAUUGGCCCUGUCCUGUCAUUAGCUAUUAGUUCUAAUGGAGAACAGUGUUUUAGUGGUGGCAUUGAUGCAACCAUUCAGUGGUGGAAUAUGCCUAGUCCUAAUGUGGAUCCCUAUGAUACAUAUGAGUCAAACGUUCUAGCUGGCACUUUAGUUGCUCAUACAGAUGCAGUCUGGGGUCUUGCCUAUAGUGGCAUAAAAAACCAAUUACUCUCUUGCUCAGCAGAUGGCACUAUUAGGUUAUGGAACCCACAAGAAAAGCUGCCAUGUGUUUGCACUUACAAUGGAGACAAGGAACAUGGAAUACCUACAUCAGUUGAUUUUAUAGGCUGUGAUCCAGCCCAUAUGGUUACGUCUUUCAACACUGGUAGUGCGGUAAUUUAUGAUUUAGAAACAUCACAGUCAUUAGUGAUGCUUUCCUCACAGGUAGAUUCUGGUUUACAAUCUAGUAAUCACAUUAACAGAGUAGUAAGUCACCCUACACUUCCUGUUACAAUAACUGCUCAUGAAGACAGACACAUCAAGUUUUUUGACAAUAAAACGGGUAAAAUGAUCCAUUCUAUGGUAGCUCAUUUGGAUGCUGUUACAAGUUUAGCAGUAGAUCCCAAUGGAAUCUAUUUGAUGUCUGGAAGCCAUGACUGUUCCAUUAGACUAUGGAAUUUGGACAGUAAGACAUGUGUACAAGAAAUAACAGCUCAUAGGAAGAAAUUGGAUGAGUCAAUUUAUGAUGUUGCUUUCCAUCCAUCAAAGGCAUAUAUCGCCAGUGCAGGAGCUGAUGCUCUUGCCAAAGUAUUUGUGUGAACCAACAUAGACUCGCAUCUUAGAAAAAAAAGAUUUACUUGGUCAGAAAGGGGGUCUGCAUCACUGCCAUCAUGAAGGUUCCUGACAUGACACUACAUGUGAUCUGCCUGGUGAUUGGGGCAGGCAGAAAUUGGGAAUCACAUCCUAAUGUCAGGUUUAUUAGUUUAAGUGUAAUUAACUGUAUUUUGUGGGACAGAAAGAAAAAGGACUCCAGUAUCUGUGCCCUAUACUGGAUAUGAACUGAGCGGUUUUUGUUUUUGUUUUUUAAGGUGUUUAAGCCAAUGUGGAGUCUGCUCUUAGGGGGAAGGACUUUUUGUUGGACUCUGUGUGCUGCCUUAGGGUUAGGAAUGUGGUGCUCUGGUGGGGAAGCAAGCUCCAAGAGUAGCUUUGUUCAUCUCUUAGUGAUCUUAUGUUCAUCAGUGAAUGCCACAGAUUCCCUUUUAAAGUUAUUUUGCUUUAAAAAAAAAAAAAGAAAAAAGAAAAAAGAAAGAAAAGAAAAUUUAACUUAAAAUAUUUUAGCAUUAGUUGCACAAAAUGUUUGGAUAAAAUUCUAGUUUUUAUAAGUCUUUUUAUAUAUUUAGCCUGUCACAACAGUGCUCAAGAUCAUAUUGAUGUUUUUUCUGCAUUAUACAACCCUAAAACACAGAGAUCUCACUAACCUGCCACCUAUAACCACUUUCUUUCCUCCUUUUACCUAAUACAGCUCAGCUAAGUCCUUCAUAAAGAUGAUAAACCAAUCACCUUUGUCUACAUGUCUUCAUGAACCAAGGACUAUUAAGUGUAUUAAAACAAAGCUGUGGAGUUUAGUACUCCAAAGGAACUCUUUAAAAACUAAUCUUGACAUCCUAUCACUAUGUGAUAUUUUGUACAUCUUACUGUAUUUACAAGUUUAUUUAUCAAGGAUUAUCCAUCUUGCUAAUAGCCUAUUAUUUAUUUUACUUUUUGUUGGUCUUUAUAUCCUUUUAUUAAUGUGCUAAAGGAACCUGUAUAUCUAUUUUGGAACUCUUUGAAAAGUCUAAAAUAGACUAAAAAUGGAAUAUUUUAUAGUUAAGUUACAAACCAAGAUGUUUCUCCCCAAGAUUCUUGAUUUACCAUGAUUCCAAAACAAAUGAACUAGUUAGAAAAUUGGAGAAUAUUUUAUUACCAUUACAAAUAAGAUAUUAAAAAAAAGUUGAAUCAGGACACAGAAGUCUGCUGGAUUUGGACUCACAGUCUCCCUGUUUUACUUUUUAGAUGUGCUUACUUUUAUGGUGUAACUGAAGAUUUUCUUUGUGUAAUGCAUGAUUAAGACAAUAAAGUAUUUUUUCUAGUCUUCCAAAAGCCUUUUCUGAUCAGUUUGCGAGUUUUGAUGAGUUUUGUAAGGUUUUUGUUUUACAGACUAUGAAUCAGCAGAUUUUUAAGAUUGUACCCCAGAGCAAACAUAGAGCUGUUGAAAAAUAAUGUAUAUAAAAUACAUAUAAUAAAUAUUAAAUUGUGUACCUGUA